AUGGCGAACCAGGUGAUCAAGUGCAAGGCAGCCGUUGCCUGGGAGGCCGGGAAGCCUCUCUCCAUUGAGGAGGUAGAGGUGGCACCCCCAAAGGCUCAUGAAAUUCGAAUUAAGAUUAUUGCCACUGCAGUGUGCCACACUGAUGCCUACACCCUGAGUGGGGCUGAUCCUGAAGGCAGUUUUCCAGUGAUCUUGGGGCACGAAGGUGCUGGAAUCGUGGAAAGUGUUGGCGUAGGAGUUACUAAGCUAAAAGCAGGUGAUACUGUCAUCCCACUUUACAUCCCUCAAUGUGGAGAAUGCAAAUUCUGUCUAAAUCCUAAAACAAACCUUUGCCAGAAAAUAAGAGUCACUCAAGGGAAAGGAUUAAUGCCAGAUGGCACUAGCAGAUUUACUUGCAAAGGAAAGAAAAUUUUACAUUACAUGGGAACCAGUACAUUCUCUGAAUACACAGUUGUGGCUGACAUCUCUGUUGCUAAAAUUGAUCCUUCAGCACCUUUGGAUAAAGUCUGCCUCCUGGGUUGUGGCAUUUCCACUGGCUACGGUGCUGCUGUGAACACUGCCAAGGUGGAGCCUGGCUCUACUUGUGCCAUCUUUGGCCUAGGAGGAGUUGGAUUGGCGGUUAUCAUGGGCUGCAAGGUAGCUGGUGCAUCCCGGAUCAUUGGUGUGGAUAUCAAUAAAAAUAAAUUUGCAAGGGCCAAGGAGUUUGGAGCCUGUGAAUGUAUCAGCCCCCAGGACUUCAGUAAACCCAUCCAGGAAGUGCUCGUUGAGAUGACUGAUGGGGGAGUAGACUACUCCUUUGAGUGUAUUGGUAAUGUGAAAGUCAUGAGAGCCGCGCUGGAGGCCUGCCACAAAGGCUGGGGCGUCAGCGUGGUGGUGGGAGUCGCUGGUGCCGGUGAAGAGAUCGCCACUCGGCCCUUCCAGCUCGUCACAGGGCGCACGUGGAAGGGCACCGCCUUCGGAGGAUGGAAGAGUGUAGAAAGUGUCCCAAAGUUGGUGUCUGAAUAUAUGUCCAAAAAGAUAAAAGUUGAUGAAUUUGUGACCCACAAUCUGUCUUUCGGUGAAAUUAACAAAGCCUUUGAACUGCUGCAUGCAGGGGAGAGCAUCCGGACUGUUGUGAAGUUUUAA